AUGAAAACUUUUCAAAUUGCUUCUAUUGUUGCAGUGCUUAGUUUUUUGAAGCCGAUAGUUGCUAAAAAAUUGUUUUACUGUGGUCCUGCAGAAGUUAGCGUUGAACAUGUUGAUUCCGUUGCUAAAUAUCUAUGGACUCAUAAGAUCUGGACUUAUCAGUCGGAUCAUGAAGGUGCUUUCCCUCAUUAUUACGGCGAAUCUGAUUAUGGAGAAUUACGGAAAUUUCCAUUGCUUCCUAGUGGUUUCGUUUGGACCUUUGGGUCUUUUAAUCAUUAUGUUGUAUCAAACGAAAAAGGAGAUUAUAUCAAACUCUAUUACGUAGGUACUGAUGGAACAGUGGAAUGUGAUAUACCUAGAGAUUAA